AUACACAUUUUUUAUAGAUCACUUGCUAUGCAUCGAAAGUAACACGAGGGAGAAAUACCUAUACAAACACCUAGUAAAAAUAGUUGGUACUGAAAUAGAUAUACGAAAGAGACAACGAAUGUUUAUCAUACAUGAUAUGGUUGCAAAUGCCUGUUUGUCUAAUCCUUCAGAAAUUUCAAGUGGAAGUUUAGGCGAGGGACUUAAUUUACCAGGCAGUGACAAAGAUGUAAUGUACGUAGAAAAUUACUUUGACGUUAUACGGAGUAUAAGUAAUAUCAAAUACCCAAUACAUCGUACAACACUUGUUAUGGAGACAGAUAUUGAUCAUCCUGGAUUUACUAGGCUCAGGUGCAGAGCAGCAGACGUCAAUGUACAAAAAAAAUGUCAGUGUAAUCUAGGGACAUGUACAAGUAAAGGGUGGUAUCUAUCAGUAAACAACUUUCUUGAUUCAUAUAAAAAUCUAACAUAUAAUACACCGUUAUCGAUGCACGGUCCUUGUUUAUCAAAUCGAGGAAAUAGUUUCGAUAUAGCAUACUGUUUACGUAGUAAAUAUCUACCUCAUGAUGCAAUUCCUUGGGUAUUCCGGUGUCGAUGCCAAUGGCCACCUAAUUUUGUAAUUGACAGGAUAAUAAAUUACGGGUGCUUGUUAGUACCUAUAGGACCAAAAACUGUGUCAUACAAUGAAUUAUUAUGGAGAUUGUCGUUCUCUGUUGCAGAAAAAGUACUGAUACAUUCGUUUAAUUUUACUCAACUCCUAUGUUACGGUCUACUCAAAUUAGUGUUAAAGCGUAUCGUCAACACACAUGAUGUAGUCAAAGAUUUAUUGUGUUCUUACUUUCUGAAGACGGCUUUAUUCUGGAUUUCGGAGGAAGUAGAUAUUGAAACGUUUCAGUUAUCUAAAAUAUAUUAUUGUUUUACUCUCUGUCUCGAUAAAAUAAUUGCAUGGGUAACCACAUGUUACUGUCCGAACUAUUUCAUACCUGAACAUAAUAUGUUCCUUGGAAAGAUCAAUCAUCGUAACAAUAAGAUACUACUAUGUGUACUUGAGAGUAUAAAGUAUAGAGGGAUUGAUGGAUUAAUCAAUAAUCUAUUCCCGCCUGUCACGGAAAAUCACCAUUUAUCAAGUACAGAUAAAGAAUUCUCGUUGAUUAUGUUAGAUUGUCUAUUUUACAUGACUAUUGGUGACUUUGCGUGCAUGACGGCGUUACCAAUAGGCAUUUCAAGUUAUUGUAAAGGACUUGUAAUGGCUAAAUCUUUGCUAAAGUCAGAAACCUCUACAUUUAUUAUUGAUAUUUGUAAAUAUUAUAUUGCUGAAAUCAGUUCUAAAAUAGCACACAAAUUACCACCACCAAACACUAAAGGUGAAACGUACAGCAUACGCAAAUGUUAUCACACACUUUUACAAAACGGCAUCAAGACAGAUGCAGUGUCUGGUUGGUUGUUAUAAGCGUCUUAUUAUUAUGUGACAAGACAGUACAGUGCUACAUUAAAACUUACGGAUUAUAUUCUAUCAAAAUGUUCACCUGACAUGAUAUCAAUCGGAUUCAAUAACAGAAAAAAAGAACAAAUUUUCAGAAAUUACAAAUAUGAUGUACAUUCUACAAUGACAUUGAAUGAAAGGAUGACAAUAUUCACCAUAGGUGUUAUCGAAUACUUAUGGAACUCAUCACUGAUACCAGAAGAACUACAACUGGAAGUUAAAGACCAUACAAUCAGGAUCCCACCAGUUUUUAUGACUCACUGUCUUAGAUUUCUAUGUUAUCACCAUCUUGGUGAUAUCUCCAACAGACGACAGGCAUUACGUGAUUUAUGUCUAACACUUACACCGUCUCCUUCAGAAGGCUCAUUAGCUAAUUCAUUAACAAUACUCGGAGUAUGUAAUGAGAUAUCAGGAGAUAAAGAUGCAGCCUAUGAGUGUUAUAUUAAAUCUUUGCAAUAUAUAAACUGUAAAUGUUCGU